CUUCUAUCUAUGUUACUUGGUCGCGCCAGAUAUAUGUUUUGCGUUACUUGUGCUUUUUGUGUCUAAUCAAGAGAGACCUUUAGCUGUUGAAGUUCAGCCAUAGAAUUAUUGUCCUGGCUAGAGAACGACGGUUGUUAUAUCUGUGCACCUUGUUCUUGUUUUCAUAUACUAAAGUACCCCCAACCUGGACACAGGCAUUUCAACUAUUGGGAGUCGCAUAAUGUUAGAGGAUGAGUUCGCUGAACUGGACCUAAAUGAAAACUCUUUAAAUGUGCCGUUGAAUUCCGAGUCUUAUCUGCGGACAGGUUUCACACCUGAACGAAAUGUCACACAUGACAUAUCGCCCAUUGACACUGGAAAAGAAACUGCAAACACUGUUUCCGAUGUUCCAUUUGUAAAAGUCACAAGCCCUGCAAAAGUUGGUGAGGGUAUUUCGUCAUACAUAGUAUAUCGUGUUAAUACAAAGUUUAAUGGCAAGGAAUUUUCAGUCCUCAGACGGUUUUCUGAUUUCCUUGGGUUGCAUGAAAGAUUAGUCACGAAGUAUCUUUCUGAAGGAGUUAUUGUUCCCCCUGUUCCUUCUAAAGAUAUGCUAGCUACAACUAAAGUUAAAAUGUCAAAGGACGUUUCUGCGGAAAAUGAAUUUGUUGAGCGUCGCCGAAUAGCUUUAGAACGAUUCCUAUCACGAGUACUCUCACAUCCAGUUUUACAUAUUGAUGAAGAUGUCUGUGAUUUCCUUCGGCAUGAAGGAGAGCUCCCACGUGCAACAAACACCCAACUAUUGUCCGGUGCUGCGGCGAUAAAAGUGAUGAAAAAUUUGGGUGAUGCGAUUGGAAAGUUUGCUUACAAAGUUGAUGAUCCCGAAGAGAAUACUGCUGAGGAGUUCUUCUAUCAGAAAGCAGAUGAAUUAGAUAGUUGGGAAAAGCAACUUAAACGUCUUCACUCCUCGCUUCUUAAUUUAGUAUCAGGAGACAAUGACCUAGCAAAUGCCGAAGCUGGCUUGUCUCGUUCAGUUCUUCUCCUGGCUAAUGUAGAAGAAAAUACUGGUCUAGCUCAAGCACUUCAUCAUCUAGCAGAAACAGAAGGACAUGUCGCUGAUUUACACGCUUUACAAGCAGAAGCGCAUACGUGCCAUUUAGUGGAGUAUUCUCGAGAAUUACUAGGCAUGGUUCAGGCUUGCAAGGAUGUUUUAAGUGAACGUGUACGAAUAUAUCGUACAUGGAAAACUGCUGAAGCUAAUCUUCGUUCAAAGCGUGAACAGAAAAUUCGAAUGGAAAUGGCACCUAGAAAUGAUAAUAAAAAGAUGGCCACGAUAACAAUGGAAUUGGAAGAUCUUGAAAAUCGUGUAGAUCAAGCUCAGCAUAAGUUUAAUAAUAUAUCUAUAAAUAUUAAAAGAGAAUUUCAAAAUUUCGACUUGAAUCGUUUUGCUUAUUUCAAACAAGCCACUACAGAAUAUUUAGAAUUGUUAUUGCAAAUUCAAUUAAAAGUGUUAGAAAACUGGGAGAAAUACUUGUCUUAUACAAACAGUAUCAAUUGAUGUAUGCGCAUAUAGGCUCUGUUAACAAUUUUUUUAUUUCUGGAAAAGAAAUAACCUUGGUUUUGGAAUUAUUUUUUCUCUCUUUAUUACACAAUCAAUAUUCCAUACUUAUUUAUUGUUCUAUUAAAAUUUUAAUUUAAACAUAUGUGUUAAUUUCUCAUCUUUUGUGUAUACCUAACACGCACACACACACACACCCAGAUAAUGCAUGUGUGUACACUUGUAUACUGACUGUAUUUCGGGUAAUUAAUUCUAAAUAAUCGCUUGGAUAUGGUGAUUGUGAUAAGUCUUUAUUUUUUUCCUGUUAAUCUUUUUGUAAUUUAUGCAACUCUUAGAUUGAUUUCAUAUCUCUGUCACUUUAUGCUGAUUUCAUGCAUAUAUUUAAUAAUAAUAUGGUGUUUUGAUUUAAAAAGUAAGCAAUGGAAUUAUUAUAUAUUUCACUCUCAUGGGAUAACAAAUAUGAACAGACUUAGUAGUAGUAUAAAGUAUUAAACAAUUUAAUGACAAUUUUUUAACAGGAGAGUUUUUGCAAACAAGUACUUUACUGUGUUUCCUUCUCCCGUUGGAACUUCAUGUUAAUUAUAAAAUUCAUAAAAUCACCUUAGAUGGGAACAUUAUUUUCU